AUGGGCAACAGCCAGACGGCCGAGGUGGCGGCCGUGGUCAUCCAGCACCCACCCGGCAGCGUCGUAGCCGCGUGCGGCGGCCGCGUUGAGCGCGCGCACGGCGCGAUCUCAGCUGCCGCCGUUAUGGCCGCUAACCCCGGCCACUACGUCGCCGCGGUCAUCCCCGCCUCGGCCGCCGCGCAACAGCCAGAGACAGCGAUGGCUGAGCAGCGGCUGAAGCUGAUCCGGUCCGACGACACGCUCGCGCUCGGCGGCGUCUACCGCGUCGUCAGCUUGGAAGAGGUACUAAGGGAGUUCGUGUCCAAGCGGCACGGCGAGCUGAGCUGCGUUGUCGUCGCCGCCGACGAUGAUGCCCAUCGGCGGGAGUCGGACUGCUCAGUUGCGAAGGCGGCGCCGCCCGACCUGUCCGAUCCGACCACAGAGGACCACCGUCCGUCGGGUCCAGAACAAGACUUCGGCGUGGCCGCUAUGAUGCUCGGCGAGCGGUUCGGCCUCGCACGGCCCUACGGGCAGUGA